AACUCAAAACACAUGGCAUUUAAAUGUGAUUUAAUUUUGUGUACAAAACAUAUCAGAAAUUGUUUCUCAAAAUUAAAUACAAAUCAAUAAUUAAAUUGUGUUUCAAAUCGUAAUUAACGACACAUUUUUGGGAUCAAUUGUCUUCAGCGAUGACCAGAUAUUCGCGCAAAAAGGGGAAAAACCCUCCGAACAGACGGAUCGGCAAACGAGGCCUCAAAAUGAGGACAUAUAAGAAAGACUUGGAUCUCAUUCAACACCAAUUGAGUCAAACCAUUGCCGCCAAAGAUAAUGAAGACAACGGCGUUGUUGUCGUUCAUUUGCCGAAGACUGUGGUCACUGAUGGCACCGUCGAUGACGGCUCGGACGUGGACUACGACCUGCCGGCCAACGGACAGUUCCAGUGCCGAGAGUGCGCCCGCUAUUUCAUUGACGACAAAGCAAUGAGAGAUCACAACAAAAGCAAAGCCCAUAAGAAGAGACUCAAACUGAUAAGAGAUGAGCCGUACAGUCAAGAGGAGGCCGAGAGAGCGUCCGGUAUGGGAUCCUAUGUUUCCGAAGACAUGCAUAAACGCGGAUCAGUUAAUAAACGACAGCACAUGGAAACGGAUUGAAACAUAUUUAUGUAUUUUUAAAUUAAAAGUUUUAUUUUAUUUUUGUA